AUGGAAGACCUAUCUAUCUCCUUCUCCAGAUUCAGGAAAAAGAAAUCUUUUUCCAAGGAGGAGCUGGUUAGUAGUGAUCUUGAAGAGACAGCCGGCUGUGAAAGUCUUCCCAAGAGGAAGAAAUCUUUCCCCAAAGAGGAACCGGUUAGUGACCCUGAAGAGUCAGAAAAUAAGCGAGUCCCCAAGAAAAAGAGGAAAUUCUCUUCCAAGAUGGAGCCACUCAGCAGGGGGCCUGAAGAGGCUGCUGCCAGCAAGAGCAGUGGCUCCAAGAAAAAGAAAAAGCUCCAAAAGCUAUCCCAGGAAAAUUAG